AUGGCAGCUGAGAAUGGCAAUAUAGAAGUGUUCAAGUACCUGUUGACAAAACAGUGUGAUGUGUUUGUAUUGGAUGAGGAUGACGACAACAUCCUCCACGUGGCGUGUAUGGGAGGACACACAGAGAUGGUGAAGUAUAUUGUCUCUGAAGGGUAUUUUGAUAUCAACUGUAAAGGAAAACAUGGCCGCACUCCCAUGAUGAUGGCGGCUGAGUUUGACAACAUUGACGUCUUCUACUUCACAGUGUGUAAAGGGGGCGAUGUUUCACACGUUGAUGCUGAUGGAAUGAACAUCCUACAUCUGGCCUGCUUAGGAAACAAUGUGAAGAUGGUGAAUGAACUCCUGAAACUUGAACUUGUUGACAUCGACACGAGAGACCGCCGAGGACAGACACCAGCCAUGUUGGCGGCACGUCAGGGAAACAGACCCGUGUUGGACCUACUCACGAGAGAACAUGCACGUCUUCUACUCGUGGACAGUUAUGGUGAUAAUAUGCUCCAACUGGCCUGCAUCCGAGAUAAUGUGAGCAUUGUCAACUAUCUGCUCUUCAAACACCUUUUCAACAUCAACAGUGCUGGGCGAGAGGGAAGGACGCCAUUAAUGGUGGCAGCCAACCGCGGUUGUAAAGUUAUAUUUGACUUACUUUUAAAAGAAGGGGGCGACAUGAAGCUGGUGGAUGAUUACAAUAACAACAUACUGCAUCUGGCUUCUAGUGGAGGAAACAAGGACAUUGUGGAGAAGGUCCUGAUGGACACGUCUAUUGACAUCAACAGCAGAGGCCGCUACGGGAAGACAGCAGCCAUGGUGGCAGCAGAGGGAGGUCACAUAGACGUGUUGGAUCUCCUUCUACAGGAAGGUUGUGAUUUAACUGUUGUUGAUGAUGACGGUCACAGCAUCCUCCACGUCGCUUGUGCUGGAGGGGAUGAGGAAUGCAAUGUGCAGAUGGUGCAGUACCUCCUCCCGCUGCCGGGUGUAGACGUCAAGGAUGUAAACAAAAAUGGCGCAACAGCAGCAGACAUUGCACGAACAAAGAAACAUGAUCGAAUACUGUCGCUGUUUUAG